ACUACUGUCUAUAGUUCAGGUUCCAUAGAAACAUGUGUUGACCAGGGAAGCCACUUCAUAACAGCUCCAAAGAAACUACAAGCUUUGGCCGGAACAUGUCUGCAUAUCCCAUGUUAUAUUACAUACAAAGGAGAACCGGACGCCAAGAUAGGGUUAUGCGGGCAAUGGAUUAAAGAUUCCACUUAUUCGAGGACUAUGGUUUAUGACGGCUGCACGGACUCCUAUGAUAAUCCAUAUUCACUUGUUUUGACGGGAACCCUAGACCAGCAAAACUGCACCACGGUGUAUAACAACAUGAUGACACAAUACUCGGGUAGCUAUUUCUUCAGACUUUACAACCAUGCAGAUAUGGUGGGCAAGCUGUGUGAACCAGUUGAAAUAAAAGUUGAAGAACAGCCCCUGCCACCCACCAUCGAUAUCCCACCAUUUACACUGAAAGAGAACCAGUCCAUCAAAGUAAGCUGCUCUGUUUAUACUCCUUGCCCGACGUCCCCCCCUGUGGUCGAGUGGCGUCACUGUACAGACAACCAGCAACGUGUGGAGCAACUCCCAGAUGGAACCUUUACGACUAAACUCGAUGACACGCUGACUUUGAUGGAAAAGCACAACGGCUACAUCCUCCAAUGUUCGUGCGUUUACCGCCUGGGCAGAAGUUACAAACUGACCAACAGCAGUGUGACUUUGAAUGUUCUAUUUGCCCCCAAGGACACCGUAGUCUCGGUCAGUCCAUCAGGACCGGUGCCGUUCGGGACCAAUGUGAUGAUGAGCUGCUCCAGCCGGGCCAACCCUCCCAGCAACUUCACCUGGUGGGUGGAAGAGGGCGUGACACACACACCUGUGGCCGAGGGAGAAUGCCAAACUGCGGGUUUUAUGGGGAUGGUUUUUGGAGGAAGCGUUGCUUCUCUUGUGGUUGUCAUCGCCUUGGGGCUCGUCUUGGCUUGGCGGUUCAGGUGGUCCAGGUUGUUCGCACUGCGUCCUGCUCAGAGAGAAGCGCGUGACGUAACCAUGGUUGCAUUCAAUCAGGAUGGCGUCCACUUUAACGGGGUGAACUUGAACACAGCCAAAAACGGCGUCCACGCAGAACGGCACAGCGAUCAGCAGCAGGAGAGCGUGCAUGUGCAUGUGCACGCGGUGCCCAACACCGCUGCCAGUGUAAUUUGA